AGAGGAGGAAGCGGCGGCGGCGAGGGGCCGCGCCUCCGUUGGGAUCCCGGGGUUAAGUGCGGCGGGGGUGGGGGGGAACUCUGCGCGGGGCCGGAGCGAGACCCGAGGGACCUCUCCGUCCUCCCGCCCCAGAUUCAGUACUAAACAUGGGUGCAUUUUUGGACAAACCCAAAACUGAGAAACACAAUGCUCACGGUGCUGGGAAUGGUUUGCGUUAUGGCCUAAGCAGCAUGCAAGGAUGGAGAGUGGAAAUGGAAGAUGCUCACACAGCGGUUGUAGGUAUUCCUCAUGGCUUGGACAACUGGUCAUUUUUUGCUGUUUAUGAUGGUCAUGCUGGAUCUCGAGUGGCAAAUUAUUGCUCAACACAUUUAUUAGAACAUAUUACUAAUAAUGAAGAUUUUAGGGCAGCAGAAAAACCUGGAUCUGCUCUUGAACCUUCAGUGGAAAAUGUUAAGAGUGGAAUCAGAACUGGCUUCUUGAAAAUUGAUGAAUACAUGCGUAACUUUUCAGAUCUCAGAAAUGGGAUGGACAGGAGUGGCUCAACUGCAGUAGGAGUUAUGAUUUCACCUGAACAUGUCUACUUUAUCAACUGUGGAGAUUCACGUGCUGUUCUUUAUAGGAAUGGACAAGUCUGCUUUUCAACCCAGGAUCACAAGCCUUGCAAUCCCAGGGAGAAGGAGCGCAUCCAGAAUGCAGGAGGCAGCGUGAUGAUACAGCGUGUUAAUGGUUCAUUAGCAGUUUCUCGAGCUCUGGGGGACUAUGAUUACAAGUGUGUGGAUGGCAAGGGCCCUACGGAACAACUUGUUUCUCCAGAGCCUGAGGUUUAUGAAAUUUUAAGAGCAGAAGAGGACGAAUUUAUCAUCUUGGCUUGUGAUGGGAUCUGGGAUGUUAUGAGCAAUGAGGAGCUCUGUGAAUUUGUUAAAUCUAGGCUUGAGGUAUCUGAUGACCUGGAAAAAGUAUGCAAUUGGGUUGUGGACACUUGUUUACAUAAGGGAAGUCGAGAUAACAUGAGUAUUGUGCUAGUUUGUUUUUCAAAUGCUCCUAAGGUCUCAGAUGAGGCAGUGAAAAAAGAUUCAGACUUGGAUAAGCACUUGGAAUCACGUGUUGAAGAAAUUAUGGAGAAGUCUGGUGAGGAAGGAAUGCCUGAUCUUGCCCAUGUCAUGCGCAUAUUGUCUGCAGAAAAUAUCCCUAAUUUACCUCCAGGGGGAGGUCUUGCUGGCAAGCGCAAUAUUAUUGAGGCUGUUUAUAAUAGACUAAAUCCACAUAGAGAGAAUGAUGGGGCCUCCGAUGAUGCUGAGGAAAGUGGAUCACAGGGAAAAUUGGUGGAAGCUCUCAGGCAAAUGAGAAUUAAUCAUAGGGGAAACUACCGACAACUUCUGGAAGAGAUGCUGACUAGUUACAGGCUAGCUAAAGUACAGGGAGAAGAAAGCCCUGCUGAAUCAGCUGCUGGAGCUACUUCUUCGAACAAUGAUGCUGGAGACCCAGUGACAGUGCUGGAACCCCAUACUGAAACAAAAAGUGAUCUUGCUGAAUUAGAACAUUCUAAUGAAGAUGCAGGGACAAAGAUGAGCGAUUCACGCAUAUGAAUUCUCUCUUUUGUUAAUGUUUAUGGUCUUUGACUUGAUGGUUUUGCCUAGCUAGUAUAAUGUAUGCAUUUUGUGUAUGUUUGUUAUGUGAAUCUUGGAAAACUAGUUUAUUUGUACAGUCUUAUUUUUUAAGAAGGCCUUUUUUGCAUAUACUUUUUAUCAGAUAAUUCUAAGUUGACUAUAGUACUUUAUAAAUAAAAUUAUAUAUUCUAUUUCAUCUUAUAGGGUGUGCCUGAAAUCAGGCCACCAACUGAAGUCAGUAGUGGGUUUUUUUCCUGUUUCUUAAAAUUGGACUAUACCAGAUGACUUUUCCUGUUACAUUAAAUUGAGAUUAAUUUCUAUUGUGGACAGGUUCUUUGUUAAUUUAGAACUUUAUUGUUUUACAUUGUUUUACAUAUUAGUGAACUCAAAGUUUCAUAAUUUUCCCAUUUGUUUAGUAUUAGUUACUACAGAAAGGCUAAUGAUGGCCUUCAAUUCUUUCUUGAAAUGCUCUCUGACAUGUUGUUUGAAAUUGUAUUUAUUUUAAAACACUGUAGUUUUAUUUUUAGAACUUGUGAAAGAUUGAAUGUUUCUUUUGACUUUGUGUAUUCUCUAUAAAACAAAUAUAGUUUUAGAAAAAGUGUACUAUUCCUGAAACUGUGGUUUGUAGUUUCUGUAUAGAUGUUAUCUGUACAACAAAAUGUAUAUGAAACUGUUUAGUAUGGAAAAAAAAUUUUUGUUUGACUUCCCCCAAUAAAGCAUGAAAUGUGGAAUAAUUUAUGCAUGCUGUAAUUUUUUAAAAUGGAUUUUAAAGAUUACAGUUGUUAUGUCCAGCUAUAUACUUAGAAACCUAAUCCAAACCAGAAAUUUGUUCUUCUCAUGCAAGCAAAUAUUUUAUACAAGGCUUUGGUCAUUUUUAACUGGCAGGGAAAAAAGUACAUGUAUGAAAAUAUUUUAUUUCAUCUAUAAAAAUUUUAAAAUAGCUACUUUGAUUAAAACGUGUUCAUUGCUUAGAAAUAAAAUGAUUGCUUUUGAUUUCUUAUGCUAGGAAUACUUUAAAAGCCAUAUUUGUUUUGCUUUUGGUUUGAUUUAUUUUCAAAUAAAAUAGCUGUUGAUCACUCAGC